GUUACUCUGACGCCGAUACACCCAACUGGAAUUUUGCAGCCAGCGGUAUCGGGACAUUUUCACUCAAAGAACUCAGGAGAGGUGGGAGCAGCAGUGCUCUAUACGCUAAGUCCAACUGACAGGGGAGAGUCUUGGGUUAAAAGCCUUAUUAGUUUUGCUGUUUCAUUUUUUAACAGAUUUUUGUUUGAGCGUAGCAAACGAAAUUCAGUUGAUGUCUUUUUGCCCGCUAGUCAACCUACCACGCUGGCAAUUUAACUUAGCGAGCUAACGUUACACAGACGGGGCAACAGACUAACGUUAGCUAGCACCCCUUAUUUUGAUCGAAACGAACAGUUGCUUAACAGCUUAGUGUAACGUUCCAAACAGACGAAUUAAGAUAGCUGAAGCUAUAGCAGUUUACCAGAGAAGAACGCCUAGUCAGUCAAUUAUUCAGCACCAUGUUCAGCUGGUCAAAUAAGGACGGGAAGAAAAAAGAUCCCGAACUAUUUCAAACAGUCUCGGAUGGGCUUAAACGACUUUACAAAACCAAACUCUUUCCCCUAGAAGACGCCUAUCGCUUCCACGAUUUCCACUCACCGGCUUUAGAAGAUGCUGAUUUUGACAACAAGCCUAUGGUGCUUUUGGUCGGCCAAUACUCCACAGGCAAAACUACAUUCAUUAGGCAUCUUAUGGAGCAAGAUUUUCCUGGUAUGAGGAUAGGCCCCGAACCUACCACCGAUUCUUUCAUUGCGGUUAUGCAUGGAGACCAAGAGGGACUGGUGCCAGGCAAUGCACUGGUUGUUGAUCCCAAAAAACCCUUCCGAAAACUUAACGCUUUUGGAAACGCGUUUUUAAACAGGUUUGUGUGUGCCCAGAUGCCCAACCCCGUGCUGGAGAGCAUCAGCAUAAUUGACACCCCAGGAAUCCUGUCAGGAGAGAAGCAGAGGAUCAGUAGAGGUUAUGACUUUGCCGCCGUGUUGGAGUGGUUUGCUGAGCGUGUGGACCGCAUCAUCCUCCUCUUUGACGCCCACAAGCUGGACAUCUCGGACGAGUUCUCCGAGGUGAUCCGCGCCCUGAAGAACCACGAGGACAAGAUGCGCGUGGUGCUCAACAAGGCCGACCAGAUCGGCACGCAGCAGCUGAUGCGCGUCUACGGCGCCCUCAUGUGGUCACUGGGCAAGAUCGUCAACACGCCCGAGGUCAUCCGCGUCUACAUCGGCUCCUUCUGGGCAAACCCGCUGCUCGUGGCCGACAACAGGAAGCUGUUUGAGGCCGAGGAGCAGGAUCUCUUCCGCGACAUCCAGGGCCUGCCCAAGAACGCCGCCCUGAGGAAGCUCAACGAUCUCAUCAAGCGCGCUCGCCUGGCUAAGGUCCAUGCCUACAUCAUAAGUGCUCUGAAGAAAGAGAUGCCCAACAUGUUUGGGAAGGAUAACAAGAAGAAAGAGCUCAUUGCUAACUUGGGUGAAAUAUACAUCAAGAUUGAGAAAGAACACCAGAUUUCGCCUGGUGACUUCCCCAAGCUGGCCAAAAUGCAGGAGAUCUUGGCAGGACAGGAUUUCAGCAAGUUCCAGCCAAUGAAGCCCAAGCUCAUUGAGGCAGUGGAGGACAUGCUGGCCAACGACAUUGCUAAGCUGAUGACCCUGGUACGGCAGGAGGAGGCAAACAUGCCCAGCCAUUCGGUCCAGGGUGGCGCCUUCGAGGGCACCAUGAACGGCCCGUUCGGCCACGGCUACGGUGAGGGCGCAGGUGAGGGCAUCGACGAGCUGGAGUGGGUGGUGGCGCGCGACAAGCCCACCUAUGACGAGAUCUUCUACACGCUGUCGCCUGUCAACGGCAAGGUGUCUGGCGCCAUGGUCAAGAAGGAGAUGGUCAAGUCGAAGUUGCCCAACACGGUGCUCGGAAAGAUCUGGAAGCUGGCUGACGUGGACAAGGACGGCUUCUUGGACGACGAGGAGUUCGCCCUGGCCAACCACCUCAUCAAGGUGAAGCUGGAGGGCCACGAGCUACCCGGCGACCUCCCAGAACACCUGGUGCCCCCCUCCAAACGGGGGAUGUAGACAGAGCCGAGCAGAGCAGGCAGCGACGGCGGUCUUUGAGCCAGGGUGGGGUGGGGUGGGGUGGUGUGGGAGGGGUUAGAUUCUGAGAGGGAGUCAGGCGUACAGGUUUGCAUUCCAGAAUCCUCAAUGUUACAAAACAUCCCAAACAACAUGCCUGUAUGGGGGAGUACACACACAUGUAAUCUACUGGGAUAUGUCUUAAAAAACAAAACAAACAAAAAACGGAAGCAUUUCUCUCGUAACUAAAAUGUUUUGAUCGUUGUGGUGCCUUGAAUGCAGCCUUUGGGGUAAGUGGGGAUUUCACAAGGGAAGGUUUUGAAAGGUGAAGAUGGAGUUAGUAAAAUACACCAUAUAAAAUAACCAUAAUUAAAAAAUGAAAAUAACUUUUUAACUUAUUCAACACCUGAAUUCCAGUGCUGUGAUAUUAUAGUAUGACCCAUUAUCACCACUAUUAUUCUUAAAGCUUUGGGGCUGCAAUCUAAGCCUAAACUGAAAUGGUUUCAUAAGUACCAUUCUUUUGUCAUUGAAAAUACUCUGCCACAAUGUAUGCAACAAUGUAUGUAUGCAAAGAGUUGUUGACCGAGAACCUGCUAUGAAAUGCAUGUGAAAACCCCUUUAAUCUAAACAUGAAAAAGUCUACCAUCUUCUAGAUGUCAAUGUAGUUUUCUUUCAGGCUAUUCUCUUGGAGAAGGUUGAGCCCUUGUCACGACACUCCUCAAUGUCAGAAUCAGCAGUGGAACAAUCCCUCAACAAGGGACUUAUUAAAAGGGCCCUUGUGUAGUGGGAGAAAGGAGAAUUUUGUCUGUGAGUGUGCGUGUUUCGCAGUGUGCAUGAAUGUCUGUGUGUGUCUGUGUAUAUGUGGGUGUCUGUGUGUGCUGGUAACAUCUGACUGGGUCCAUGUGUAGUCUCUAACACAUACGUCUAAUUAAAAAAAGCAAUGAUUUCCACCCUCAAUAUGAUUUGUUUUUGACUAGACUAGAGUUAUCAAAAGGCUGUUUAGAACUUAGUAUAGACACACUUUUAAUGUACAGUCACAUGCAUAACAAUGUUGUUAUCCCCAAAUAAAGAAAUGUUAUUACACAGGCCUUGAAAUCAGUGGUGAGAUAUUCAGUUAUGUUAUGACAGAAUUCAGCCUUUCUGAUGCUACACUCAUCACAAUCUAUCUGUGUGCUGAAUCAACUGUUGCCCGCAUUAAGUCCGCGUGAUGCACAUUGACAUAAAUAUGGAACUUCCAUUUUUUUUUCCUGACUGUUCUUCAGUGUAGAUGUUUCACAGGCCUUUCCAAAGAUUUUCUUGUUUCCAAAUUACAAAUAAAUGACUGUGUAAUUUUGAAGUUAACAUUCUCUGCUUGUAUGUUCUCUUAUGUUUCGUAGAACACCACUGUUUUUAAAAAGACCUGUUUUGAAGCAAAGUGCCUCCAAUUGCAACAAAAUGAAUAGUACAGCAGCCAUCCUAUAAAUAAUGUUCAUAUGUAUAUGUUUUAGUCUAUUUUGAAAUAAAAAUGUAUCACAUUAA